AUGGCUGUAGCUGGAACGGAUUCUCGGUCGACCAUAUCCUGCAAUUUACAGAACUGUGCAAAUGGAAGUGGGAUUCGUCAGACCACAGAAUAUCCCAUGGGCAUAACGUUCUGUCAUGCAGAACAUUGCCUAUCAAGAGAUGGUCCGAAUAAGUUGACACCUUUAAAAGAGCCACUGCGUUUGUUCCAUUUUACCCGGCACCUCAGAGGCAUCAUUUUGCCCCUCAUGAUUGCUGUAUUGCUAUGCUUCAUUACUGCCACUAUGCCGGAUUUGCAACCCAUUGGAUCACACUCUCUGGACAAGGUAUAUCUCGGAGUUUUGCUAAUUCUCUCCACGAUUAUCGUAUGCAGCUUCUCCAUCAUAGUAGAAAGAAAAAGCAAGCAAGUGUUAGAAUCUCUAAGAGACCUCUAUCCUCAGUUUGCAGUAGUUCUACGAAAUGGCGAAAAAUGGCGAAUAAGAGCCAGAGACAUCGUGGUGGGCGAUAUUGUCGUGCUCAAACAAGGAGAUUAUGUUCCCGCUGAUAUCCGAAUUUCUGAAUCGACUGAUCUCGAAACUGAUGAUUCGAGAAUCAUCGGUACUUUGGAAUGGCGCCCGAAGAAUCCGUACAACGUGAAGCCAGACCCUUUGGAAACAGAGAACUUGGCCUUUUUUGGAACUUAUUGCAUGAGAGGUUAUGGUAGAGGUAUCUGCAUAGCGACUGGUGACGAAACGAUUUUGGGGCAAACUCUGGACCUGACUGUGGCCCUUGAAAAAAGAAAAACGGCUAUUUAUAACAGCAUAGAAGGUCUGGUUCAUUUUCUGGCUACCAUGACUGGAGGUCUUGGAAUUAUUCUCUUUAUUUGCAGCUAUCACGUUGGCUGGUUUUGGCUGGAUACCGCUCUCUAUUUGCUCAUUUUAGUCAUCGCCAACAUUCCUGAUUCAUUACUAUCUGGCACAACGGCGAGUCUGGCAAUAUCGGCGAAACGCAUGGCCUCUCACAACUGCCUCGUGAAAGAUCUGGAAACCGUGGAGAACUUGGGGGUGGUAACCGUCGUUUGCUGUGGGAAGAAAGACGUCAUCACUCAAAACGUGCAUACAGUUCAUUAUCUGUGGCUGGACUCGAAGAUCUUCCCCAUUAACUUACAUCACAAGGAAUCAGAAUUCAGUUGUAUUACGGCCUCUCCAGGGUGGGUGGACUUCGUUCGAGCGGCUUGCUUGUGUAAUUCUAACGAAGCGCAAACUUCCUUCACGAAACUCAACUCUAGCAAAGAAAGUUCUGGCAACUCCUUGGAGGAAGCUACAAUGGUAUUCCUGAAGAAGUGUGCUGUCGACGUCAGUCAUUAUAGAGAGAAUUACACGAAAGUAUUUGAACUGCCUUACAAUCCGAAUAGGAACAAAUUUCAUGUAACCGUCCAUGAGGAGGCAACAACAUGUGAAGAGCCAAAUGGCAAUUACAUCUUAAGUGUAAAAGGUGCACCAGACAUAGUGAUGUCUUUUUGUUCCAGCAUUUUGGUGGAUGGUGAAAUGAAGCCACUGGACAAAUUUUACUUGAAUGAUUUCAGUCAAACGGCCGAGAAUCUUUUAUCUAAAGGAGAAGUUGUCAUUGGUUUCUGUGAUAUCGAAGUACCUAAGAGCGAUUUUCCUACCUAUUUCAAGUUUGAAGCCACUACCAUCCCACUAAAAGGUUUGAGAUUUUUAGGAAUGAUAUCCUUUCAGGACCCCGUCCGUCCUUCGACUAUUGAAGCCAUCAGAAACUUCCGCAAUGCAGGAAUAAAGGUGAAUGAGAGAUACGGAGAUGGAUUAAAAAUCCAUUUGUGCUCUGUUAUCGAUAAAGUUUUCGUGAUGCUUUUGACUGGCGAUCAUCCAAUACUGGCAAAAUCUUUAGCUACACGAGUUGGAAUAAUUGGAGAAAGCAGCGAAACGAGAGAUGAACUAGCCGAACGACUGCAUAUAUCCGUGGAGGACGUGGAACCAGGAUCUGUACAAGCCGUUGUGAUCUGUGGCGACGAACUGAAUGCCUUGAAAGACGCUGAACUCUUCGAAUUACUGAUGGCCUACGAAGAAGUGGUAUUUGCCAGGAUAAUGCCGGAGCAGAAAUCACGCAUUGUGAAAGUUUGUCAAGCCAUGCAUCACUCCGUUGCCAUAACUGGAAGGAAAUUCGAAGACUGUGAGGCUUUAAAGCAAGCUGAUAUAGGUAUAGCGAUGGGGAAGAAUUCGUGUGAUUUAUGCAAUGAAAAUGCGAAUGUCAUCUUGCUAGACAAGAGCUUCUUGACUUCCGUCACAGCAGUAAAAGAAGGUAAUCUCUUGCCUUUCUUUACAAAUUUCGACACUGUACAAAUGGACAACCCUAGGUCGAUUGGUGUUCGACAACCUCCGCAAGUCCAUCGCUUAUGUAAUGACCUGCAAACUCUCUCUGAUUCUACCUUUCUUUCUGCUACUCACACUGCACAUUCCUCUGCCGAUGGGCGCCUCGCUCAUUCUACUCAUAUUUUUAGGAACAGACAUGACGUAUACCGCCCGAAAGGAUCUGGAGUACUGUUCCCAAACCGGAUUCUUCAUCACCGUGGUCAUCAUGCAACUGUUUACACUCAUUAUACAGAAAACAAGCAGAGAGUCACUGCUGCAACACGGAAUGAGGAACUAUGUGUUGAAUUUCAGCCUAUUUAUCUCUCUAAUUCUCGCACUGAUUGUUUGCUACGUACCAGAGCUAAAUCAUUUUCUUCUUACGUGUCCAUUAAAAAUGAUCAUUAUGUGCCUCUUCCAGCACUUGUGGAAAAAUUGGGAACUGAUCUCGAAAAGGGUUUAAACAGUACACAGGCACGAGCAGUUUUAGAAAAAGAUGGCCCGAAUGUGAUUAGCAUUCGUCGUGGAAGGACAUUCCGAGGAAUGCGCCGCAUGUUCGGACCUUUCACGGUUAUGUUGCUCUUCGGUGGUAUGCUGGCUUUUGCUGCAUACGGCCUGCAAGUAUACGAGCAUUAUAACUGGCAAGAGUUAGAUUACGUCUAUUCUGGCUUCAUUCUGUUCUUUAUAUCUUUUAUCAAUGCAAUAUGUUUUAUGUAUCAACACAAAUCGCAAACGAAAACUUUCGAAAAGUUCCAAAUCAUGUGGCCGAAGAAAGCUUGUGUGAUUCGCGAUGGUGAGCGCCAGUUGAUUCCUGUAUCUCAAGUGGUGAAAGGCGAUAUGGUUGAAAUCCAAGCUGGUGAGAGGUUACCCGCUGACAUAAGACUGGUGGUCGCCCACAGCAUGACAGUGGAUAACCGCUUUAUAACGAAUGACAGUACGCCGGUUCCGAGAAAUGUCCAUACCAAACAUAAGAAUAUUCUGCGUUCGGAGAAUAUGGCUUUUCUCAGCACGCAGUGCAUGGACGGAUUUGGCAGAGGCAUCGUGGUGGCCACAGGGGAUCGUACAGUCGUUGGAAAAAUUGCAAGACUGACUGUCAUUCUGGACAGCGAUAUCAAACCACCUCUUGCUUACGAAAUAAGGAUUUAUGAUAAAUAUGUUGCUGUUUUCGUAACUCUGGUCACUGCAGUAUUCUGUGUGUGGGUGACACUCGGCAAAUACAGCUUAUCAGAUCUUUUAAUUAAUGCCAUCACAACAAUUGCGAGUAACGUACCCGAAGGACUGAUACCAACUAUAGGAGUAAUAUUAACUGUUAUGGUGAAGAGACUUGGAAAAAAUCGAUGUCUCAUGAAAAACUUGAUGACCUUAGAUACCCUUGGUUUGACUUCAACAGUCAUCUUGCGAACCAAGUCUCUCACAACAAAAGAGAUGAUAGUGUCUCAUCUUUGGAUGGACGAUAAAAUAUAUACUGUCUCUGAAAACGAGGAUGACCCAGUCAAGGCGGAAUACCUGUCGGCCAAGUCCUUUUCCGAUUUUUCUAGAGGAGCCAUUUUGAGUAACUGUGCGGAAUCUCCCUAUAAAAAUCCGGAAAACACUUCCGUAAAGAGGCAAUGUGAAGAAGUGGAUAAUGCUAUUCUAGCAUUCAUGGAAAAAACUGUUGGAAAUGUGAUGGAAUACCGAAGAAAGAAUGAAAGAGUUCUUUCUUAUCCAUUCAACGCAAAAAGUAGUUACAGUGUAACAAUACAUAGAUUCACUUGCAACGAUGCACCGAGCGAAUACGUCGCCUUCAUAAAAGGCUCUCCCGAAAUUCUCUGGCAAAGAAGUUCGUCCCUUCUUCUGCGCGGCGGUUUUGUGGAGAUUGAUGAAAAUUUAAAGGAGAAGUUUUGGAGGGCUUUCAAAGAAUUUGGAAGACUUGCCGAGAUUGUUGUUGGUUUAUGUGACUAUGUAUUGCCGAAAGAAGAAUACGGAGAAAACGAAUCUUUUGCUUCUACCAGUAUCAGUCUUCCUGAUAGUGGUCUCCGCUUCCUCGGUAUGAUAUCUUUACUAGAUCCUCCGGAGCAAGACAGCAUCGAAACAAUCGUAAAACUGCGUCAGGCUGGAAUAAAAGUUGUGUUGGCAAGUGGAGCACAUGAUGCAGCAGCUAUCGGUAUUGCAAAAAAGUAUGGAUUUAUUGCCGACGAACCUGCUCUGAAAACCGUGGAAGAAAUAAAUAUUAUGACUCGAAGGUCAAUCAAUCCAGAGGAAUGCAAAUCAGUAAUAAUCACUAGAGAAAUACUUCACUCCCUGGAAGCCGAAGAUCUGGACAAGCUGCUGGGGAGUGACUCGGAAUUAGUUUUCACGAGGGUGACUUCUCAUCAGAAAUUCAUGAUAGUGGAUGCCUUGCAGAGGCGCGGGGAGACGGUCGCUCUCGUUGGAGAAGGAAUAAGUGAAGCUGCGUCCAUCAAGAAAGCGGAUAUAGGUAUAGCUCUGGCUAACUUUGGAAGGGAUACGGUAGUUGAAUCGGCUGACAUGGUACUUCUGGACAACAACUUGUCCGGUAUUUUGAAAGGCAUUGAAUUGGGUCGCCUCUCGUACACCAACAUCAAAAAGUCGCUGCUUUUAGCCAUGUCUGCCCAUGUUCCAGAGAUGCUCCCGUUCUUUCUGAAUAUCGUUGCUGAACUUCCGAUGCCACUGAUGGCAAAGGCAUUUCUUUGUCUCAACAUAGGCAUUGAUAUUUUUCCAGCAAUAUGUAUCGGUUUCGAGAAAGAAGAAGAUAACAUCAUGUUGAGAGAACCCAGACGUCGAAAAGACGACAGACUGUUCAGCUUCAGAAUCCUGUUCGUGUCCUACAUGCAGUAUGGUAUUUGGCAAACGAUGGCUGGUUACAUGAAUAAUUUCCUGAUCAUCGCCGAAGACGGCUUCACUCCGGACAUGGUGUUCGGAAUUAAAACGGUGUGGGACUCCAAAGCCAUCAACGAUUUGAAAGACCACUACAAUCAAGAAUGGACAUAUUAUCAUCGGAAGAAAUUGGAGUACUUGGGCCAGACCGCCUUCUUUAGCACAGUUGUUGUAAUGCAACUCUUCAAUGCAGUCAUGUGCAAAACUCUGAAGAAUUCUAUUUUCCAACAAGGCAUGCGGAACUGGUACUUAAAUUGCAGCCUCAUCUUCUCUCUCCUCAUAGCAGUUUCGGCCGUUUAUACACCCUAUUUCGACCACUUUUUUAGGAUGGUGGCUAUGCCUAUAAAGUUAUGGUUCGUUCCCGUCCCUUUCGCUUUGUGGCUCUUCGCUGUCGAAGAAGUCCGCAAGUGGUACAUGAGACGUCUUGGUCCUGGUUCUUGGCUGGAACAGAUCAGUGUGACAUGAAUGAAAUUACAUUUAUUUCCUUUAGAUUAUAUGCUUCAUCUUUCUAAAUGCAAAAGAAAAAAUGCAGUGAAUUUCAGACUACGUAUGGAAUUGAAUGAGCGAAAAUCGCAAAUUCACAA